AUGAAUUCUAAAAUUAAAGGAAUAACGGAUGAUAUAACAUCAAUUCCACCAGAAGAACAAAGAUAUUACGCAUUAAAUGCAUUUCCUAAAGUUUUGAAGAUUGGAAGAUUUAAUUUAAAUGAGGAAUUCAUAAAAGGUUUCCUAAAUGACAUAAUGAAGAAAGCAAAUUUGGUUUAUGUUGAUGAAAAAGAUAAUGAAAUUAUAGAAAGGGUUGAUAGUGAAUUAAUGAAGAAAGCAAAUUUGGUUUAUGUUGAUGAAAAAGAUAAUGAAAUUAUAGAAAGGGUUGAAUGGUAUCAUGAACGGACAUCGAAGAUUUUAGAAGGUAAAGCCAAUACAGGGUGGGUUUCAGGAUGUUUAGACCUUAAAGCAGAUAAGGAAUAUGUUAACGAUGAGUUAAAUAAGAAGGCAGAUAAAACAUAUGUUAACGAUGAGUUAGGGAAGAAGGCAGAUAAGGAAUAUGUUAACGAUGAGUUAAAUAAGAAGGCAGAUAAAACAUAUGUUAACGAUGAGUUAGGGAAGAAGGCAGAUAAGGAAUAUGUUAACGAUGAGUUAAAUAAGAAGGCAGAUAAAACAUAUGUUAACGAAAUAUACCAAAGUUUGAUAGGAACAAAAAAUAUUGAAACUAUUGUUGGUGACUUUUCUGUUAAUGAAGAAAAUAAAUAUUUUAGAUGGGUGUUUGUACAGUCCUUAAGAAAUGGUAUACGGUGGAAACUCAUUCCGAAAAAUAACAAUGAAAUGUAUGUAAGUUAUAAAAAGAAUGAUGGCACACAAGUUAAAGUUCCAUUAGACAACAACUGCUACUUAAACUUAUAUGGAGACGAACAAAAGAAAUAUUUAAGAGUUUAUGAAAUGGUAGAUAUGACAUUGCCUGACCCAGCUCCAGCACCAUAUUAUUAUGACUAUGGUGUUGACGAAAGAAUACUACACGCAGAUGAACAAAAGCAAACAUUAUAUUUAGAUUUUUAUAGAUAUAAAAGAUAUAAUGCAAUAGAAAAAACGAGAAUAGUAUAUUAUUAUACAGAUGACAGAAAUAAAUAUUAUAGUCAAGAUUUUACCUACCCUGAAAACAUAAGAUUAUAUUAUAAAAAAUAUUCUAACACAAACCGGAAGAAACCUGAAAUAGUUACACUAUAUUUUAAGUUCAAAAGAGACAAUCCUAUAAUAUCUCAUAUGUUUGAUUUAAUGAACCCAGUAG